AUGAAUAAUCCGACAGCCACCGCGAUCACUCACGUGCUUAAUAACAAGCUAGAGUUUCCGUUUUGUAACGGUGUUGAUGAUUUAUUGAUCGUGUCCUUGGGUAAUGGCGAAAUUUAUAAUGGAAGCAUUGCUCGAAAAUCAGCAACAUCAUUCAUCAAAAUUGCUCGAGAGGGUGUUUCAGACAUGGUUGAUCAAGCUGUGUCAAUGGUAUUCAGGGAGGCUAAAACCGGUGAUGAUUAUGUCCGUAUACAAGCGAAUGGUAGUGUUGCAUCGGUAGAUCAAAUGUUGAGACAAAAGAAUUUAGAAUCAGCAUUGUUCGAAGGCAAGAAAUUGGUGGAAAUUACUAACUUGGAUAAACUGGAAUCAAUUUCUGGAGAAUUGAUCAAGGAGCAUGAAAGGAGAAAGACUGGCAUUUUGUCUGCAGUGGUGUUAAAGCAGGCGGCUGGGGGAUCACCCAGAACUUCAUCUGUGAGAUCAUCAUCAACAUUAUCUUCUGAAUAACGUGUCGACUAAUAUUCAAGAUUCUUAUAUUUAUAUUUAAUGCGUGACUAUAUUUGAGUCGAGUUCGUUCUGAGUGUGAUAUCUCCCGUUAUUAUUCUAUAUAGGAGUAAUUCAGUGAAUUCAAGAGUUUAUUAUAUUUUUUAGUUCUGAGUCUUUUUUUUUUUUUUUUUGCCAAGUAGUUCUGAGUCUUUAAAAUAUUAUGCCAGACUCUGUUAUUAGUCUUUAUUUUAAACUGAUAUACUUUUGCUCCAUCAGAAGCAGUGAGAUCACUUUACCAGCAUUCCCAUUACA